UAUUUGAAACCAAAGAUUAAUAGACUCUUGAUCGACGAAGGCAGCUGCUGUAAUAUCGUGUGUGUCUGGCCGGGAAAAAAAUCUGCACGUCUAUAGUUUAUUUCGUCUUUUCCACGUCGUCGUGUAGAAACUCGAAAGCCCAGGGCUACUAGCUACUAGACUUUCCUUGUGUGUGUGUGGCGGCCAAGAAUAACGUCGUUUCUUUUCUUCCUGUUAUUUGUCUCGUCCGGAUUUACACGACCGACUUUUUUCCCACUUUUCCUUCGAUGGCGCUGACGGAGUGAGUCGGCCAACCAACGUCCAUUGGUCGUCCCCCCGAAAAUCGUAAUUUUGUGUGUCUGUGUGUUGGUGGUGGUGGACAAACUCCCCCCCUACCGACGUCUGCCAGCAGCAGAAGGGCCCAACUUGACUUCUGGUUUUUAGAGAAAAAAGAAAAAAAAAAAGAAAUAAAAAUAAUCUCCCGAGAGAGAGAGAGAGAGAGAGACAAUUUCACGCCGGAACUUGUUCUCAGUUCGGUAGGAGGUGUGAAGUGAUAUGGCGGCUCACGGGACGAACGGACGGGCUCCCAAAAGACCCAGGACUGAUCAGCAGCAGGAUAAUGCCCAGCGUAACUGGUAUGGUGGAGAGCGUGGAGGUGGCUGGGAGUUCAAGGAGGAGGACGGAGGAUUCAAAAAGAAGGACUUUCCCGAGAACCACAUCUUGCUGUUCACCAUCGUGAACCCGGUCUACCCAAUCACAGUGGAUGUGCUGCACACCAUCACCCAGGCCUUUGGAGAAGUCCUACGCAUCGUCAUCUUCAAGAAACACGGCGUCCAAGCCAUGGUCGAGUUUGCCAAUGUGGAUAUGGCAAGGGCUGCCAAAGAAGGUCUAGAUGGAGCUGACAUUUAUUCCGGCUGCUGCACCUUGAAAAUCGAAUACGCUAAGCCAACCAGGUUGAAUGUCCACAAAAACGAUUCAGAGACGUGGGAUUACACGACACCUACACCGGGAGCAGAUUCACAAAGACAGAGGCCAGCACCGUUAUUACCGGAACCUGCUGGCGGACCUCAGGGAUUCCGGGGAUCACCCGAGUAUGGACGGACGGCGGAACGACACGAGAACGGAUUUGGUGUCCGGCAGGGGCGUGACGGCGCCACGCCGAGGUUCGACUACGAGGAAAGUGCCGGCGGGGCUGGCGGGCGGUUCGGUGGUGAGCCGUCACGGUCCAUUGGAGGCGGCAGAGCUCCCGGCCAGAGGUUUGGCGGUCAACCCGGCGGUCCGCCCGUCCAGAGCCGGGGCUCCCGGGGCGUCGUGGACGCCACCGACGGCCCCCAAGAAGGCGCCGUCCUGAUGGUCUACGGUCUCAACAUGGAGAAGAUGAACGCCGACCGGCUCUUUAAUCUCCUCUGUCUCUACGGAAACGUCUUUAAAAUAAAAUUUCUCAAAACCAAAGAAGGCUCGGCUAUGGUUCAGAUGGGCGAUGCCCCUUCGGUCGACCGGGCCAUUUUUUACCUCAACGGCCUGGAUUUCUUCAACACGAAAAUGAACGUCAAUUAUUCCAAACAGGCCUUUUUGGCGGACGUGUCGAUGCCGUACGACCUGCCGGACGGGACGCCUUCCUUCAAGAGUUUCGUCAACAGCAAGAACAAUCGCUUCCUCAACUCUGACAUGGCCUCGAAAAAUCGACUCCAACCGCCUUGCAAAGUCCUCCACUUCUACAACACUCCGCCCGGCCUCACCGAGGAGGACCUGCGCAAAGUUUUCGAAGAGAACGGAACGGCUUUCCCCGCCGAUAUCCGGCUCCUGCAGAACAAGAGUGAAAAAAGUUCGUCCGGCCAUUUGGAGUUUAGCACGCUCCAGGAGGCCGUCGAAGCCCUCGUCAUCUGCAACCACAUUCCCCUUUCCGGCGCCAAUGUCAAAUGGCCCUAUACGACUAAAUUGUGUUUCUCGACCCCACGGCCUGGCCAAGCCGAGCAGACGCAGUGAUGAUGACCACACAUGUACACACACAAGUUUAUCAAACCAAACCAGGAGCUUGACCAAAAUGAUUUUUCGUCAGAUGAUUCAGAAAACUUAACCAGAAAAAAAAAAGUUGAAUUUUUUUUCUUUUGUUCGAGAGAUAAAAACAAAAUUUAGGAAGAAUGUUGAUAGGAGCCCACAGCUGAAGUUCAUUUCAAGAGAGACAGCAGAAGACAAUUGACGAGGCAUUUUGUUACAACAUGUAAAACACAUACACGAGUCGCGCAGAGAGAGAGAGUGAAGCACUACCUCCAAAAAUUCAGAAUGAUUCAAGUCAAACACACAGAUUUAAUUUUUUUUCUAAUUUCUCCCCCCAUUUUUUCGUGUUCUUAAUAAUUUGUUUUUUCUUUUGGGUUACAUUUCCCCCUUUUUUUCGCAUGCCAUAUCGGUGUAAUAUUUCUUUCAUUUUUGUUUUUUUCUGAAAUUGUUGACAGACUUUGGGUAAAAACGUUGACUGUUGAAAAACGAGAAAAAUAAGUACACGCGUGUUUUUUUUCGUGUU